ACAGGCAGGAGAGGCGGGCUCGGUCCAGCUCGCUCUCAGUGGAAGACAAUCUGGCAAGCUUGUCAAUAAGAUCCUUUAGUAAUCGUGGAUCAAACAGAUCCAGGAAAAUUUCCCAUCAAAAUUCAACUAGUAUAAUUUAUAUCGAACUAUGUGUAUAUAUUCUUCGUAUUCGAGGGGUGCGAUGCUGCGGCAACAGUGCGACAUAACUGUCGCACGAGGGUUAUUUAAUUUUAAAUCCCGAAGGAAUUUAUUUGUCGCAUCCGCCUUGCAAAUUAACGAGAAGACUGUUGGCGGACGAGAUGGAUUCUUCAUUUGGUUGAAAGACAUCUUUAAUAAAUCCGCAGAGGAUAAAAGCCGCAAAGCUGACAUCACGAUCGUCGAUCGUGCAGCAACGGCAACAACAUUCAAUCGAUCAGAAAUGCGGCUGGUGAACUCUUCAGACAAGGUCGACGUCGUUAAUCAAAAACUGGCUAACUUUUGCACGGCGCGAUCGACGACGAAGUUCGAGUAUGGGAACAUCCGUGCUGAGAAGCGUGACGCGGAGAACGGCGGACGUGCGUACACGAUUCAACAGUCGGCAAUCUACACUACGUCGCAGUCGAAUCGUUUUGCGGCUGGAAAAACUUUCGAACGCGGGAUAGAACCUGACUCCUCAUGGCGCGAUCCUGGCAAGAUGUAUCGAUCUGAGAGAAACUGCGGCGCGAUCGAAUUUGCGGCAAGAGACGAUCUCGAUGUGGCCUCGCAUUAUCGUUGUUACACGAGCCCGAGACACUGUUAUCGCCUGCCACCGCAGCGGACAAAACAGCCGCUGAUGGGAUUGUGCGUCCCGAAUAGAUACAUCGGCAUGCCAACGCGCGCACUCGUGGGUUUCGCUCCUAGGAACACAAAGCCACCCAUCAAAGAGCCUAACGCGCCCGAAAAGCGCGAGAAAAAGGACGAGAAGAAGGACAAGAAGGAAAAGAAGAAGCCGGUAAUACGUAUGGACGGCGAAUCCGUCGAUAGUAGCGAGAAUCAAGCGAAGAUGGUGGCGGACGAUAACCCGAGGAAUGACCCCGACGCAACGUUUCGUUACGAGUGGGGCGUGAACGAUAACGAUAAGUUCGCCGAAAAGGGCCAGCAAUACGUCACGAAGCGGCUUUGGGGAGUGAACUUGAAACAACCGAACCCGGAUAUCGCUUCGCCGGCGACCACGAGUUCUGAGCGAGGCGCGCAGAAUCCUCGAAACGCCUCUUCGAACUUCGAGAGUGGCGAUACCACAGCCGAUGGAGCAAAGACCGAUGUUGUCCCAACGUCGAACCUGAAGGGUACAACAGCGGACUAUCUCUCGACUUCGUCGCGUCAGACCGACUCGAGCGACAAUAUUAUUGCAGUGCAACAAGAUAGCAAUGAUACGAGCUCGUACAUGAAUUCUAAAGAGCUCCGAAAAAUCAUGAGGACAUCGCCGAACAUAUUGAAGGAGACGAUAGUCGUAGAUGAAGAGUACAACGUUCCAGAAGGAGCGGAUCUGGACACCGAGAUCAAAGCCUGGCGGAAUCUCGUGGCGAGAUCAGCCCCGGAAGUCAAAGAGAAUUAUUUAUCGUCCGACGAGGAGAACCUGGAGAACCUGGUAUCUAUCCGUCCGGAAGCGCCACAGCCGAAGUUGGACGUGCGAAUUGUAAGAUCCAUCGAGGACGACUUAAAAGACAAAGAGCAGCAGGACUCUGGAUACACAUCUCCGAAAUCUGUAAAGAUUAAACAAAUUGGAUCACCACAGAGACCGAACGGUUACUUUACCGGUAAGAAACUGCACACUAUGAGCACGCAGAUUCGUUAUAUACAUAUAAAUAAUAUCACCCAGCGACAUAUUGGAUUAUUUUUAAACAACUUUGUUCCUGUCAAUAAAACUACGCAAACAAAAUAUCCAGGACUCGCGUCAGCCUUUUCUACAAAUCCUGAAGAUUCCGUGCCAAAGAAGGUAAUCGAUGAAGCAUCGAAGAAUGAACAACAGAUAGAAUCGAAGAAUCAAAAUGAGAGAGAAUGUAACGAUUCUGAUUCGAAUAAUACGCCAAAUAGCAACCAACCUUAUUUAACUGUAGAAUCUCAAAGACUUUCAAGUAACGAUGAAGAGCAAGCGGACGCUGAUCUCGCAGAGACGCUAAACAAGAUCGCGGACAAGGAAAUGGAAAUUUCUAUGAACCAGCAAACUAUUGAUCAUAAAAAGGUUACUCAUUGUUCAAAUUCUUCUGAAUUUACGCAAAAGGAUAACUCUCGUUAUAAAGACGAAGACGCACAGGAGGAAACGGAACGUUACGAAAAAUUACAUGUUAAUUACGUGGACUCACACGACAAAGGCUCUACAUGUGUCAAUUUCAUAAAUCAAUCAACUAAUAACGAAUCGGACGCGAUCAAAUCGGACGCGAUCAAAUCGACCAAGGAAGAUUCGAACAACAAUAAUUCUACCUUUGACUCAAACGUGAAGGACGCAGACGACGAUCUGAGCAAGAAAGGCAUCACCGAUGGCGAUUAUGUACGAUUACCCGGUGAUCCUUAUCCUUACAGCAGGGAAAAUCUAGAAAAAUGGCACGUGCCACGUUCCAGAAAUCUCAUCUAUAAGUCGUGGAAGCGAAAAAUGUCCCGCACCUGA